AUGAAGUCAUUCACUCUUCUUCUCCUUGCAGGCCUCGCUGUGGCUGCCCAAGAAGGCGGUGCCGAGGCGGCAGCAGGCAACGCAGCUGAGGUCCAGCAAGCCGGCAACGGGACGGAGGCUGCUCAAGGUGGCGAGGCCAAUGCGGAAGCAGGCAAGGACAACAACAACAAUAAUGAUAACAAGGACGAGAACAACAACGAGAACAACAACAACAACAACGAGAACAACGCCAACAGUGUUAUUCAAGUCCAGAAUGGCCAGCAAUGCAUCAACCUCGAGGCGAUAAACGACCCCAACUUCGACCUCGGCUCGCUCAACCUGGGCAGCAUGCAGCUGGGCGGCGGCCUGAACCUGGGCAGCGUCAACCUCGCCGACCCCGUCUCGCUGGCCUUCGGCAUCAGCCAGCUGAUGAACAACUUCUGCCUGGGCCAGCUCGUCGACCUCAACAGCCUCCUCGGCCUGGGCGUCCAGAACCAGCAGCAGCUGUUCCUCGAGCUCGCGCAGGUCGCCCAGCUGCAGCAGCUCGGCCUCGUGGACGUCUUCGGCGCGCAGAACCUGAUCCAGUCGCAGCUCCUGUUCGGCAACGGGUUCAACGUCCUCAACGCCGGCAACGUCCUCAACGCCGGCAACAUCUUUGGCGGUGGCGUCGUCAAGCGCGAGCCCGGCAGCAGGCCGGCCAACCUCAGGGAGCGCAGGGAUGACAUGGUCAAGAGGCAGUGCAAUAUUGCCGCCCUUGCGGGCCAGGCCCAGGCGGGUAACAUCCAGAACCUGCCCCCUUGCCAGGUGGACAACAACAACAACAAUGACAACAACAAUGACAACAAAGACAACAACAAUGACCAGCAGAACCAGGACGAGCAGAACGCCGAAGACCAGGCCAAGGCUGACGAGCAAGCAAAGGCUGACGAGCAGGCAAAGGCUGACGAGGAAGCCAAGGCAGAGGCGGAUAAGCAGAACGCCGACGAGCAGGCCAAGGCCGAGGAGGACAAGCAGAACGCCGAAGACCAGGCCAAGGCUGACGAGCAAGCAAAGGCUGACGAGCAGGCCAAGGCUGACGAGGAAGCCAAGGCAGAGGCGGAUAAGCAGAACGCCGACGAGCAGGCCAAGGCCGAGGAGGACAAGCAGAACGCCGAAGACCAGGCCAAGGCUGACGAGCAAGCAAAGGCUGACGACCAGGCCAAGGCCGAGGAGGACAAGCAGAACGCUGACGAGCAGAAGGCUGGCGACAACGCCGAGGCUGCUGCUGGGGAGGAGGCCGCUGCCGGGGAGGAGGCCGCUGCCGGGGAUGAGGCUGCAGCUAAGGACGACAAGAAAGCAGGAGCUGCUGCUAAGGGCGAGAAGGCCGCAUAG